AUCUUUCAUUGAUGAAGAAGUUUGUAUACUUACAAUGUCCAUAAGCUCAUUUUUAUCGCAAUAUUACAAUUGUGGGAAUUUUUGUCAUUGAUUUGAUAUAAUUUGCUAGAAGAAUCUGAACAUGAAAACUGAUCGGUUAAUUGCUAUUUAAUCCGUUUCAUUAUCUUAUCACAAACGAUAUUUUUCCCCCCUUGGACCACCUAUUGCAAGUAGUCAGAAGUAUUUAUAACACUGCAGCUGGUGGUCUAGUGUAACCAAAAUCUUCAAAGUGUUGUGUAGUAAAGAAGUUGUAGCAAUGCGUGCCGCCGUAGUGCUGUUAGCUGUGUGUGCCACCCUAGUCACAGCCCAGUUCAACACCCAUCAAUGGGCUGACCGGAGUGGUAUUGUGCAUUUAUUCGAGUGGAAAUGGGAUGACAUCGCUGCUGAAUGCGAGAACUUUCUAGCGCCGCGUGGAUACGCUGGUGUACAGGUGUCUCCACCGACUGAGAACGCUGUCAUUGGGGGAAGCUUCCAAAGGCCUUGGUGGGAAAGGUAUCAGCCGAUGUCCUACCGUCUAGAGACACGUUCUGGAACGGAAGCUCAGUUUGCUAGCAUGGUUCGUCGCUGUAACGAUGUCGGUGUGCGGAUCUAUGUCGAUUUGGUGAUUAACCACAUGGCUGAUCUGGUUGGAGGUGGUGGUACUGCUGGCAGCACGGCCAACCGACCAAACUUCUCGUUCCCAGGCGUACCAUUCAGUGCGACGGACUUCAACCCACCCUGUCUUAUUACGAACUACAACGAUCCUAUCAUGGUCCGCAACUGCCAGCUGGUCAGUUUGCCCGACUUGAACCAGGGCAUCCCAUGGGUACGCGAUAAGAUUGUGGAACUUAUGAAUCAACUGAUCAGCUUUGGUGUGGCUGGAUUCCGAGUGGAUGCCGUCAAGCACAUGUGGCCCGGAGAUCUUCAGGUCAUCUACAACCGUAUGAACAAUCUACCAACGUCGCAUGGUUUUCCACCAAACGCACGUCCUUUCCUAACGCAGGAGGUGAUCGAUCUGGGUGGUGAGGCGGUAACGCGUGAUGAGUACACGCAUCUGGGUACGAUCACCGAGUUCCGCCAUUCGGCCGAGAUUGGACGCGUGUUCCGUGGACGCAAUCCUUUCCGGCAUCUAACAAACUGGGGUACCGGUUGGGGCUUUCUGCCAUCGCAUCUCGCACUCGUCUUCAUUGACAACCACGACAAUCAGCGCGGUCAUGGUGGUGGUGGCUCGGACGUACUUACCUACAAGGUGCCACGAAACUACAAAAUGGCCACCGCCUUCAUGUUGGCCCAUCCAUUCGGAAUUGUACGCGUUAUGAGCUCGUUCUCGUUCAGCGAUUCGGAGCAGGGUCCACCACAAGAUGCCAACGAGAAUUUGAUAUCUCCAACGUUCAAUCCGGACAACUCGUGCGGUGGUGGCUGGGUGUGCGAACACCGAUGGCGUCAGAUUUACAAUAUGAUUGGGUUCCGUAAUGCUGUCGCUGGCACGCAGAUUAACGACUGGUGGGACAAUGGUAACUACCAGAUGGCAUUCUGCCGUGGUUCCCGUGGUUUCAUCGCCUUCAACCUAGAAUCGUUUGAUUUAAAUCAGAACCUGCAGACCUGUCUGCCGGCGGGAACGUACUGUGAUGUGAUUUCUGGUGAUCUUGUAAAUGGAGCUUGUACCGGCAACUCGAUAACAGUCGGUGGUGAUGGACGCGCCCAAAUUGUCCUGCCAGCUAAUGCAUACGACGGUGUUUUGGCUAUCCAUAUUAACUCGCGUACUUAAUGAUCAGUUCGUAGCUUUAGAUCAAAUAAAAACGAAUAUGUUUACUACAAAGGAUGUAAUGUACAUACCAUUUU